CCUCCAGGGCCCAGAGGAUGGCCGUUCGUGGGAAAUGCGUUGGAUCUGGCUUCGGCCAACAGCACGGACAUGAUCCAUAUAUUCCACAAGUGGAGUGAGCAGCAUGGUCCCAUUACCCAGAUCAGCCUCAUGGGCGCAAAGCAGGUAAUCCUGUCGCAGGAGAAGAUUGCGACCGAGCUAUUCGUCAAGAGAGGAAAUCGCUAUUCUGAUCGUGGGGCGCCUCAUGCCGUAGAGUAUAUCUCGAUGAAACAAAGCCCUGGGUUCAGAAAUAAGGAUGAGGGCUGGCGCCGACAGAGAAAAAUGCUACACAGCGCUGUCUCUAUUGCCGCAGUCGAUAACUACCAACGCCUCAUGGACGAUGAAGCGACAUUUUCUCUGUCCACACUGAUUCAGUCGCCAUCGUCGUUUCACGAUGAGUUUCUCCGGUAUGCUUACUCGGUUCUUACGAGCUCCAUGCUGGGGUUCUCUAUCCCUUCGGCGUCCGAUCCAUUUAUUCGAGACAAUGAGAGCUUCACGGCAGAGAUCAUGAAGUCGUUUCGUCCGGAUUGUUUCCCGAGUAAUGUGUUACCCAUCUUGCAGCGCUUUCCCCGCUGGCUGCUCCCCAGUUUGCAGAAGAUGGAGAAGCUCAGAAAGGAAUAUGUGGGCCAGAUGUGGUCCUUUCGGAGAAAGAUCCAGACAAGCAUCAAAGACGGGUCGACCAUGAAUUCAAUCUAUAAGCACUUCCUGCUGAAUCGGGGCGAUUACACCGUGACCGAUGAAGAGUCCGUCCAUGUGUUUCAAGCCAUGAUCGACGGUGGCACCCGCUCCCCGCAUAAUAAUCUCAUCACACUCUUGUUCCUGAUGAUGGAGUAUCCGGAGUGGCAGCGGAAGCUCCAGAAGGAGAUUGACGAAGUUGUUGGCAAGGAUCAAAUGCCGAGCUACCAAGAUGUCCCUAACCUUCCGACUGUGAGAGCCAUUGUUAAGGAGGGCGUCCGAUACCGGUCAAUAGUGGCGGAGAUGGGAAUCAGUCAUUGUUUGGAAGAGGAUGAUGUGUAUAACGGGUACGCCUUCGAGAAGGGAACGGUGUUCCAUGCAACUUUCGCAUCCAUCUUGACGGAUAAGGAGAUGUAUCCUGACGGCAAGCUAUUCAACCCAGCGCGUUGGCUGGAGCCCAGCUACCCAACCUACAGGGAACCCCUCACUGUCUAUCCUAACUGUCAAGCUUAUCCCGCGUUUGGCUACGGUCGAAGAGCCUGCCCUGGAGUGGACUUUGCGGAACGAAGUCUGGUGAUUUUGCUUGCUAAGCUGGGUUGGGCUGUGAACAUCGACUGGCCACUUGAUAAUGACGGAAAUGAAAUUCGAACAACACUGGUUUAUGAGCCGGUUCCAGCGCCGAGGCCAAUGCGAUUUGGUUGUAGGAUUGAGCCUAGAGACCCCGAGCGGGUCAAGAUUGUUCAGAGCGUGGCUGAGAGAUUGAAGAUGAACUAG